AUGGAGCAGACCAAAGCCUUGAACGCCCUAGAGCCAUUCCUCGCACUCUCCAAAUCAGCAACCUCCCACCGCGCCGCCGCCGACCUCGUCACCCGCGCAACCUCCGCCCCAAACACCUUCCUCUUCACCGAGCUCCUCCAGACGCCCCAGAUCCAGGCCCUCGCCUCCAGCCCCGAGUUCACGCCCUACCUCACCCUCCUCCAGAUCUUCUCCUACGGCUCCUACGGGACCUACAGCGCCACCCCCGACCUCCCCGCCCUCAACGACACACAGGCCCUCAAGCUCAGGCAGCUAUCGCUCGUAUCCCUCGCCAGCGACCGGGCGAGCUUAUCCUACGAUGCCCUGCAGAGAGCCCUAGGCCUCGGCUCCGCUCGAGAAGUGGAGGAGCUCGUCAUCGCAGCUAUAUACGCCGGCCUGCUGCAUGCGACUCUCGAUCCCGCCCGCGAGGCCGUUCAAGUGACCAGCGUCGCCCCCCUUCGCGAUCUCGCCCCCGGCACCAUCCCAGACAUGAUCAGCGCCCUGCAGAACUGGGCCGGCCGGUGCCAGUCUACGCUCCGAGACCUUGAGGACCAGAUGAACGGCAUUCGCGCUGCGGCCAUUGCGCGGGAGACGGAGAAGCGAGCAUCAGAAGCCCUGUUCCAGAGCGUGGCCGACAGCUUGGGCGAUGCGGACAAGGGUGGCGGCGGCGGCGUGCUCUCGGCUUACCAGCGCGACAGUCUAGCCCGCAGAGCCCUGAGCAAGCGCGCCAUGGCUGAGAGCCUGGGCGCCGAGUCGAUGGACCUUGAUGAUGCCUCCGCGGCAGACGAUCUGGCCAAGAGAGCCGGCAAAAGGAAGUUGUAG